AUGGAAGCGCUGUCCAGGCACAACCAGGGCCGCACCGUAGGGACGGGUAGCGUCCUACAGAAGUCGCGAAAGCCCCGAGAGGGAAUAAACAGCAAAAGUGGGGGGAUGACUGCAGUUCCUCCACUGAGAAUAGCAGUCAUUAGGACGAGGUGCAAAGAGAAGAACCCCAUAGUACUGGAGAUCCUCCCCCUUGGCCGAGGCAGUUUCUCUGCGUUUUCUGAGCGAGUCGUCAAUCGGCACUGA